GCAAGCGCUAAGUUCAGAGGCGUGGCGCGACCCUGAUCCCGCCCCCGCCGCAGGGGCCGCCGGGGCCUGGUCGCCACGACAACGAGCUGUACACUACUAGAGAUACCGUGGCGGCGGGUUGCUGGUGGCCCGCCUGCCGGGUCAGGCAGGGAAUGGACUCCUCCCAGUCGCGGUGCUGCAGCUUCUCUGUGUCGAGAACACGCCCACAGCCUUCGGGGGCGGCCAUGAAAGACUCUUCUGUCUCUGAAUCCAAGAGCACCCAGAAGCACAAACUUUCUCAGAAACAGAAGACACUGCCCCUUCACUUCUCCAUGGGCAGCUACCUGUCCCCAUGGCCCACACAUGCCACUGGGCAGACGAUUCUGCAAAAUAGAAAGCCCUGUUCUUCUGAUGACCACCAGAGGCGAUCAGGGAGCUGGCAGCAACCGCUGAGCACGGUCAAGCCCAGGUACCUGGAGCAGCUAGAGAACUACCUCCGCAAGGAGCUGCUCCUGCUGGACCUAGGCACCGACAACUCCCAGGAGCUGAGGCUGCAGCCUUACAGGGAAAUCUUUGAGUUCUUCAUAGAGGACUUCAAAACAUACAAGCCAUUGCUGUCUUCCAUAAAGAAUGCCUAUGAGGAGAUGCUGGCCCACCAAAGGGAGAAGAUCCGGGCUCUGGAACCGCUGAAGGCCAAACUUGUCACGGUGAAUGAGGGUUGCGAUGAGAAGAUUCUGGCCAUGAGAGCUGAAGAACGGAACGAACUCUCCACACUCAAGACAGAAAAGAUACAUCUGCUAAAACUCAUAGACAAAAAGAACGAGGAGAAGAUCUCCUUACAGAGUGAGGUGACCAAACUGAGGAAGAACUUGGCUGAAGAGUACCUGCGUUACCUCACUGAGCGAGAUGCCCGCAAAAUUCUGAUCGCAGACCUGAAUGAGCUGCGCUACCAGCGGGAAGACAUGUCCCUGGCCCAGUCCCCUGAUGUCUGGGGGGAGGAUCCUGUGAUGCUCUCAAUGGCUCUGAAGAUGGCACGGCAAGACCUGACCCGGGCCCAGAUGGAGCUGAACACCAUGAAGGCCAACUUUGGUGAUGUGGUACCCAGGAGGGACUUUGAGAUGCAGGAAAAGAGCAACAAGGACAUUCAGGAGCAGCUGGAUGGCCUGAAAGCCGACUACGAGGAGGUGCGCAAGGAGCAUGAGAUGCUGUUGCAGCUGCACAUGAGCACGCUCAGGGAACGUGACCAGUUCUUCUUGGAGCUGCAGGAGAUCCAGCGCACCUCCACGCCCAGGCCUGACUGGACCAAGUGUGAAGAUGUGGUGGCUGGGGGCCCAGAGCGCUGGCAGAUGCUGGCCGAGGGCAAGAACAGUGACCAGCUGGUGGACAUACUCCUGGAGGAGAUUGGCGAGGGCCUGCUUCGGGAGAAGGACUUCUUUCCUGGGCUGGGCUUUGGAGAAUCCAUCCCCGCUUUCCUGCGAUGUGAUGGCCCUGUGCCAAACAAGAAGCCAGCCAAGAAGGACGUGGUUAGCCUUCUUAAGGAUGUCUGGAAGGAGCGUCUGGUGGGGGAUAAGAAAGAGAAGUUCCCAGACUUCUUCUUCAGUUUCCUGGAGCGUCGCUUUGGGCCCCAGGAUGCCAUAGCCUGGGCUUAUACCCUUUUUGAAAACAUCAAGCUCUUCCGCUCCAAUGAGGUCAUGAGUCAGUUCUACGCAGUUCUGAUGGGAAAGAGGAAAGAGAGUGUGUACAUCAAUCAGAAGGAGCUCCUUGCCUACUUGCUGAAGGAAAUGACAAACGCUGACAGUCAGAACGAAGGACUCAUAACCAUGGAGCAGUUUGGCUCCAUCCUCAAGAGCACCUUUCCCUUCAAGACGGGAGAGCAUAUUCAGGAGCUGAUGGAGACAGGUGGCUGGCAUCCCAACAGCAGCAAUGCAGACUUGCUCAACUACCGCUCUUUAUUUAUAGAGGAUGAGGAGGGUCACAGUGAGCCCUUUGUGCAAAAACUGUGGGAACAGUACAUGGACGAGAAGGAUGCAUACCUGCAAGAGCUGAAGCAGGAGCUGGGCAUGGAACUCCGUGAUGAAGUGACCCUGUACAAGCUGCGUGUAGCCCUGAUGAACAUCGACCCCAGCCUGGACAAGCAGACCUUGAGAGCAUACCUAAGCCAGGCCUUCCAGCGGCCGCUGGCAGAGCUACCAGAGGAGGGCAGUGAGAAGGAGCACAGCAUCGUGACAGGGCUCAAAGACGCCCUGGAACAACUGCAAGCAGCUGACAUCAAGCGCAUUGGACCUCGAGAGCAAGAGACUGCCAGCUAGGGCCAGCAUGAGUGGCUGAGUGC